AUGUCUGACCCAUCUCACGAUCCGAAGCUAUUUGCGCGGAUAGAAGAACGUGGGGAACAUGAAGCCGGAAAUGUGUACUGCCAGAACGCAGAGACGAUUGAUGAUCUCUUCAAUAAAGUCAUUGGCGCUAUUCAUCCCGAGGUUCUCGCCGCCAUCAAGGCGGGAGGAGCCGAUCUUGGUGAGUUCACCAUGGACAAUAUGGACCUUGAGUCCUGGCAGAUUGAUAUUCCCCUCUCACCGGAGCAGACCGACAGCCAGUACCAUCAGCUGCCACAGUGGCACGAAGAACGAAAUUCGUACAACGAGAUACGCUAUACACCAACAGAGCCGAAUGAAACGAGUCUGCACGAUGCUCGUGUAGCCGCCAUGGUCGCUCUUGCUAGAACUCGCCAGCAUGUGCAAACAUCUCAAGGUUUGUUCAAUGAGCCGCAGACGUUACCGACAACACCACAACACAUUUAUCCGCCACACACCCAAGAAAGAGUACCGUGCACGCAACAACAGUCACAGCCACAGCCACAAGACCAAGCCAUGCGGGAUAUAUCGCAACAACAGAUAGCCGGACGCCCGUUCAUGGCAUUGCAGCCAACAGUACCAAUCUCCGAGCCGAUGCAAGAUCAAUCGUGGCGUCCAAAUUUCACACGUCCAAAGACGCCACAAGUAGCAAUUCCUGCUUUCUCAAAGGCGCCCACUCAGGUACCACGCGCAAUUGCCGCCGCUCCCCCCCAAAGCAUGCAUUUCGCCAACUUCGCUGAAGCACAACGAGCGGCGGCCACCCGUGUCGUUCACCAUAACUAUCAUCCUCUGGCGAAUGACAGCAGCUUUCCCCAAGACCAAGCAGCUCGCAGAUUCUACAUUCGUCAGCUGUACGACGCCUUCACCGACAUAACCCAAUGUAUCGACAGCGCCACUGUUGCCAAUUUCGAUCUUCGGUGGGCUACUCUCUCGUCCGGUACCUCACCAUACACACCAGCCAUGAUCACCACGGUCUGCCACGCCCUCCUCUCCAUCGCCAUCGACCUGCACACCCAUGGCCCCAUCUCUCUCAAUGUCUACGACCAAGGCAAGUUGGAGAACGUGUACAAGUACCGCAAUCUCACAUUCAGUGCGCGAGUCGACAAGGUGUGUGAGCUGAUGCGCAUCAGCAAGGCUAGGUGUGGGAAUCUGCUCAAAUUUGAGGGACUGGAGAUGGUGGUUGCUACGGCGCCGUUGCUCAUUAGACAGACGAGGAGUAACUAUCACCACAAUCGGAAUAGACAGGAUGAUCUUGUUGCGGGUAAAGAGACGGAGGCUGGGGAAAUGGGGUAUGAUGACGAUGAAAAUGAGGAUUAA